AUGGCAAGCAUUCUUAAACAAGCUCCCUUCUCUCCAGUCGUCACGGGUGCUGCCUUGCUGGUGCUACUCAAAGGGCCCGAGUCAAUACAAAGACCAGUCUACGACUAUCUACACCAGCUAUUGAAGCCUCACAACAUUGAGCGUCUCAUCACCACUCUAAAAUGGUUGUUUGCAUUUGGAUUGAUCAGGAAUGUCAAUGAAGCUUUCAACCAGUUUGCCCGCAACAACUUCUCCCUUCGCUCCAGCAAGGCAGACUGGGACUGGGAUAACGAAAUUGCUGUCGUGACUGGCAGCUCCUCAGGCUUUGGCGCUCUUUUCUCGAAAGAUCUCUCAGACAAGGGCAUCCAUGUCGUCGCCAUCGACGUCAACCCUCUGCCAAAGCACUUGGAGAACAACCCCAAAAUCACCUUUUUCAAGUGCGAUGUCACCGAUGUCGAAGCCGUCAACGCUGUAGCCCAAGAGAUCAAGUCCAAAGUCGGACAUCCCUCCAUCUUGAUCAACAACGCAGGCAUCGGCGGCCAAAGAACAAUCCUCAGCACCACACCCGCUCAAGUCCAAAGAUUGAUGGGUGUAAACCUCUUCUCGCAUUACUAUCUCGUUCAAGCUUUCCUCCCGGACAUGCUGGCCAAGAAAAAGGGCCAUGUGGUUUCCAUCGCCAGCAUGGCAUCCUUCUUCACCACUCCCGGUAUCACGGAUUACUCGUGCUCCAAAGCCGCCGUGUUGGCUUUUAACGAAGGCCUCAGCACCGAAUUACGCACUGUACACCGUUGCCCUGAGAUUAAAACAACAAUCGUACAUCCCUUCUUUGCAGACACACCAAUUAUCGCAGCAGGCAAAGCCGAACUCCAAAAAGCGGGUGCUAAGAUUUUGGAUCCGCAGGAUAUUUCUGAUGCGGUGGUGGACCAGAUUUUGAAUGCGAGGAGUGGGCAGAUUUUGCUGAGUAAUGGGUUUGGACCUGCGAUGAGGGCUUUCAGNGGGUUGCCCUGGUGGCUGCAGGAGGGCUUUAAGAGGCUUACUGAGAGUAAUCUUUCGCAUUACGACAAGAAGUGA